GGCCCCCCGGCGUGCAAGUGGUGCACCAACUGUCCCGAGGGCGCGUGCGUGGGCGCGGGCGCCAGCUGCCGCCGCGAGAACGAUUGCCGCAUCAACCAGCGCGAGAUCUUCGCGCCCCACAACUGCUCCGAGGCCGCCUGCGGCGCCCCCGACUGCCCCCGCUGCGCCCGCGCCGGCAGGUGCAUGUGGACUCGGCAGUUCAAGAGGACAGGCGAGACGCGGCGCAUCCUGAGCGUGCAGCCGGCCUACGACUGGACGUGCUUCAGCCACUCGCUGCUGAACGUGUCGCCGAUGCCGGUGGAGUCGGCGCCGCCGCUGCCGUGCCCGCUGCCGUGCCACCUGCAGCGCUCGUGCCACGCCUGCCUGGCAUCGCCCGGCGCCGACGGCGGCUGGCAGCACUGCCUCUGGAGCCUGGCACUCGGCGAGGUGGGUGGGGCCCAGGCCUGCGGGGCCGGGGGGAUUUGGGCCUUCCUGAGCUGCCCCCCCGAGAACGAGUGCGAGAACGGGCACCACACCUGCGGGCCCAGCCAGGUGUGCCGCGACCUCGCCGACGGCUUCACCUGCGCCUGCCGCGCCGGCUACCGCGCCGACAGCCGCACAGGUGAGUGCCGCCCCGUGUGCCGCCAGGGCUGCGCCAACGGCACCUGCGUGGAGCCGGACAGGUGCCGCUGCCACUUCGGCUUCGUGGGCGCCGACUGCGCCGUGCCCUGCGCCUGCAACGGGCACAGCGACUGCGCCGGGCCAGGUGCGCGCCACACCUGCCUGCGCUGCUUCAACAACACCCAG